AAUCUUCAUAAAUCCUGCUUCCCUGAAGGCCUCCAGAGAUGGGGAGGUCGAUAGAUCCAAACCACCUAGAUCAUCACAUUCACUGUAUUUCCUGUUUGUUUCUGAACAGGAAACAAAAUCCAGACAAACAUCAACUCUGUAGCUCAGUAUUCAAUCUAAAGAAGAUUAGCACCACAUCAUGAUACCCCCACCACUGUGUUAUACAGGCUGUAUCAUGGUUCUAUUUUUUCCUAAAUUAGUUAUCUAAAAUUAAAAUAACCAAUCUCCAAAACUACUUGAAUUAAUCUUUAACUUCAGACUGAGGAAGAAAUGAUGGAUAAUGGAGUCUUUGUAAUUCUGAGUUUACACAAAGAUCUAAUUGCCGUAAUAUAAGUUGGAUUGGAUGAAAUUAGCAAUUUUUAGAAUAGACAGAAAAAGGUGACAGUGCUGGCAGAGGAUCUGAUCCUUUUCCAGUUUUAAGUUAAAGAGGCGGCGUCACCCAAAGAAACUGAAGUGACAGGUUGCCUAUAGUGAGCUUUGUGUAAGGGUGGCGAACCUCUCCAUAACAUCUACACUAAGCAGUGACACGUGGACACGUACUACAGUGGUCAUUGUCUCACGCAGCCUAAUGCUUUAAUGGCGGCUUCAGUGUCAGCUGUGUGUGUUUGCCCUGCAGAAGGAAACGCCCCUGGCUAACGCCGUGUUCUGGGCAGCGAGGAAGGGAAACCUGGCACUGCUUCAGCUGCUGCUCAACAGCGGGCGAGUGGACGCAGACUGCAGAGACAGUGUACGGACAGUGCAUGCCCGGCCGCUCCGCCGCACGCUUUAAGCAAUAUCUACCUGUGUACGGAACGACAGCGCUGAUGGUGGCGUCCUACAGCGGUCAUUAUGAAUGCGUCAAAGAGCUCAUUAUGCAAGGAGCAGACAUCAAUUACCAGAGAGAGACAGGUUCUACGGCUUUGUUCUUCGCCUCACAGCAGGGACAUCAUGACGUCGUGAAGCUGCUCUUUGAAUUCGGUGCUUCCACUGAGUUACGCACUAAGGAUGGAGGCACGGCGCUCACCGUGGCCUCACAGUGCGGUCGCUCCGCGGUGGUGGAGAUCCUGCUGAAGAAUGGAGCUAAUGUUCAUGACCGGUUAAAUGAUGGAGCGACUCCUCUUUUUCUCGCUGCCCAGGGGGGUCAUGUGACCGUGAUUCGUCAGCUGCUGGCCUCUGGUGCCAAGGUCAAUCAAGCCAGGGAGGAUGGCACUGCUCCCCUGUGGAUGGCAGCUCAGAUGGGUCACAGUGAAGUAGUGAAGGUCCUUCUUUUACGCGGAGCAGAUCGGGAUGCCGACAGAUUGGACGGAUCGACUGCGUUAUUCAAAGCAGCACUGAAAGGACACAACAGCGUCAUCGAGGAGCUGCUUAAAUUCUCUCCUUCCCUUGGACUUCUUCAGAAUGGCUCCACCGCCCUUCAUGCGGCUGUCAUGAGUGGAAAUCUUCAAAGUGUCUUGCUGCUGCUCGCCGCCAACGCCGAUCCCUCUUUAACCGACGAGGUAACGCUUCCAGCUUUGAUGAACAGGAAGUAAAGCCACGCAUGCAUCAUCCCAGCUCCUUAAACAUGUUUCUGUUCUGCAGAAUAACCGCCUCCCGUCUCAUCUUACAAAGAGCGAUCGCAUUCGGAAGGUUUUACGUCGGGAGGCUGUGAAUGGAGACAGUUGAUGAAGGUCCAGACUCUCCUCCUCCAUGCGGGUCUCUGCAGCUCGGACCGCAUGUUGUGACUGAGAGGGAAGAACAGCAACAUUUAAAGGUGUUAAACGGUGCUGGGUUACUGAUAGUGGCUGAAAUAAAGCUGUGAAAUGCAGAACAAACUUGAACUGAAUGUAAAAAUGACAUUUAUUUGUCAACUUAUAGAAGAGAACGUACGGCGAUUGAUGAGUAAUGAAUAUUUUGCACACUAUUUAUUCGCCUUUUUAAUAAAUGCCAUAAAUACCCAAUUAGUUUGCAGUGUUUGUUAUGCUGAAUGAGAGGCCAUGUAAUCAGGAGACAAUAUGAAGACACAACA